AUGGCUGAAUCCCAAAAGUCACUUGUGAUUAAGCUUGGUGCAAAGCGUUCAAGAACGGUUCAAGAAGACUGCCCACAGACGGAGAUCAUCGCUGAUCAUCGUUCCAAGAAAAUGAGAAAAGAUGCUUUUGAAAUUUCUCCGCCACUGAGAAUGAACAGAACGACGGCUGAACAUGAACACCGACCAACAAAGUGCAGAGUGCAAAGUGCAAGAGAAGGAAGGUGCUUCGGACCGGAAAACUCCAAAAGAAUGUCAAGAGCAGCUUCCCAAAUUUGUGAGUUGAAGAAGGAAGGUGCAGAGUGCAAGAAAGAGAAGAAACAAAGCAUAGACAGAUACAAAAAAAUGCAAUGUUGGGUGAUCAUGAAAAGGUUGAAGGAAGGAAGAGAUGCUUGGGCUUUCAAAGAAGCUCUUGAUGUUAAGGUCUUGGAGUUUCUUGAUAACCCUGACUCUGUAUCAAAGCCAAUAGGUUUGAAGGAUAUUGAGGUCAAAUUGAACCACUAUCUGUAUUCCAAACCUAAGGAAUUUGCAGAUGAUAUGAGGCUUGCAUUUUCUUAUGCAUUGCUAUACCCUUGGAGGAGUGAGAUUCACAUGAUUGCAAGGAGGGGUAACAAGACAGUUGUUAUUACAGAUAUGAUAAUCUCACUGACUGUUACUACUUUCACUGAGAGUUACUUCUUGAUAAAUCCAAAUCUUAAAAGCAUAAAGGAGCUAAUUUACAAGAAGGGAUAUGCGAAAAUAGAUAAGCGAAAAGUUCCUUUGACGGAUAAUAACAUCAUUGAGCAGGAAUUAGGAAAGUUUGGCAUUGUAUGCACAGAAGACAUGGUGCAUCAAAUUGAUAAUGUUGGUCCGCACUUUAAGGAAGUUGUCAAAUUUAUGUGGCCCUUUGAACUCAACAAGCCAGCUGAUGGAUUAAAAGGAUCAAAAACACUAUACAAGGAUGGUGGAGACACAGGGAGCCGUGAGGAUCUCAUCAAUGAACUAAUCAAUAGAAUGAAUUAACUUAUGCACUGUAGUAUCAAAAUUUUGAUGUUGUCUGUUAUGUACCUUAGAUGAUCUGGGUGCAAGAAUCUCAUUUUCAAGGCCUUUUGACUCUAGUGGAGUCUUUUUUAAAAACUA